CUCAAACCACAUAACAACAACAACAAAACAUUUCUAAUUUUGCAUUAUCUUGUUCAAUUUUAUAUAAAAUUUCAAUAGAAAACGUGUGAAGCAUGGUGUCACGGAGAGGAGUCAAAUUGAAAUUUUUCAUUGGCGAAAGAGUGUUGUGUUAUGAGCCUGAUACCACCAAAGCCAAGGUCUUAUAUGAUUCCAAGGUUCUUGAUGUGGUCAUCACCAAGGAUCAAGUGUCAGGAAAAAAAAUUAUCGAGUAUUUGAUUCAUUUCCAGGGUUGGAAUCCUUCAUGGGACAGGCGGGUCAACGAAGAGUUUGUGCUAAAAGACACACCUGAAAAUAGACAGCUUCAAAAGGACUUGGCAGAUAAAGCUCAACUACAACUGGGCGCUUAUUUAUACCGUAAAGAACGCAAAAAACAUAACCAACCGAAACCUUUAGAAAACGCAAUAGGUUCUUCAGAAGAAGGUAGUUCUGGUAGUCCUGCACAUAUGGAUACAGAUGAUAACCCAGAAAUGAGCAGCAGCUCUGAUAAUUCUUCAGUGGAAGAUGACGAGAUUGUUAUUGAAAUUGUGCCAGAGCUAAAGGAAAUUUUGGAGGCAGAUUAUUAUCUCAUCAAUGUAAAAAAUAGAAGAUUAAAAUUGCCCACAGAACCGAAUGUGGUAGCUAUUUUAGAAUCGUAUUACAGGCAUUACGUGACUAAUCAGUUUUGUGGUCUGAAUGAGAAGUCUCAUUCAAGAAAUCGCACAAGUCUUAAUAUUAAAGAGAGUAAACCAAAGACGGAGGACAUACAAAAGAAUCUAACCUUAUGUCGUGAAGUAAUAGAUGGCUUAAGGAUAUAUUUCGAUUUUAAAGUUAACGAAUUACUUCUGUAUAAAGUUGAAAAAGAUGAUGGACUUUAUAUUACAAAGCCGGCUGUUAUGCCAUACAAUUUACAAGAAGUAAAAGUUAGCGUAAAACUUGAGCAAAACAAUGCCAUCAGUACUAAUAACAUAAUCCCCAAUGGAAACCAUAAUACUGAAAAUGGAACAUUUUCCGGUAACCCUAGACGCAGGACUCUGAGGUCCAGUAACAGAAUUGAACCACGUACAAACGGAAACUCAUUGGUUGAAGAAACGAAUGGGACUAAUCAUGCGAAACGAUGUCCUAGUAUCGGUAGCAGUAAUUCUGACAUAAACGCACCCAUGACAAAGGCAUUAUCCUGGCGUCUUCUCCCCGAUCCUAUCAAAAUCCAACAACCUCCACCUCCAUGUUUAGUUUAUGGGGCCAUACAUUUUGCGAGACUUUUUGUAAAGCUUCCAGAGUUGCUUGGACGAACCAGCAUUCCUGACCCUAAGUUGAAAAUUAUUUUGAGUCACGUUGAUUCAAUUAUUGACUUUUUGAAUGAUCACAAGGAAUGGUAUGGAGAAAAACACUACGUUGAUGCGACUGUUUAAUUUAUUAUUAUGAGAAUCUAAUUAUUGCAAUUACCAAUAUGUAUUUGAAAAAUUACACACUCAUUACACUAACAACAUAAUUUUUUUUAUUUGUUUUUUGUGGGGCAGUAACAAUCAGGUCGUUCUAAAGCCCUUCUGAAUGGAUGUUUACGUCCGACUUCAAUUUCACCACUCAACAUUUGUUCUACAAUUUUUCUGUACUUUUCUUCUUCUUUUAGGCCUUCUGCUAGUUGUCGUUCCAGUUCUUCCUUUUCCCGUCUCU